AUGGCAUAUCAGCAUGUCAGGCUUGAAUUUAGUAAACUAAACAAUCUGGUGGAGUUGGAUAUAUCUGGGAAUAAUUUUACUGGAGUUAGCUCUUUUAUGUCGAAGGAGUGGACAUCUCUUAGAAGAUUGUAUAUAGAUGGCAACGAGCUUAAUGGCACAUCUUUGGCAGGACUGUGCAAGAUAAAGAAUUUUGAAGAAUUAGGUGUUAGCCAUAAUAAUUUGAAGGGAAAUAUUCCAGUGUGUAUUGGAAAUCUAUCAUCUCUCAAACAUAUUGAUAUUUCCUACAAUCAGUUCGGAACACUCUUUUCUUCAUCUGUCAUAAAAAACCUCACUCUGCACAAGUAUGCAAUUUUUUCAGACAAUAACUUUGAAGGCAUCCUCUCAAUAGACUUAUUUUCUAAUAACAUAGAUCUCAAAGUGUUGGAUCUUUCAAACAAUUAUCAACUAGAAGUCCAAACCCAACAUCUAAGAAUGAUGCCGCCAUUUCAACUAAAUGAAAUUUCCUUAUCUAAUUGCAUUCUUAGCAGGCCAUCUAGUUUUAUCCCCACAUUCUUGUCCAAUCAAUACAUGAUAGAGUACAUUGAUUUUUCAAAAGGACCACUUAUCUUUCCAUCCUAUAAAGUAAAUUUAUUAUUAUUUGAUAUCUCUAAUAAUGAACUCGCUGGAGAAAUUCCAAACAACAUUGGUUAUGUCCUCCUUGAUAUUGAAUACUUGCGCAUGUCACAUAACUUUCUACAAGGUGCUAUCCCUUCCUCCUUCGGAAAUUUGAACCAUGUAAAGCUUGUAGACUUAUCAUAUAAUCAUCUAUCUGUGAGUAUGUGGCUUGAAGCCAUUUUAGACAUUGGUUAUGAAUCAUCUAAACCAAACAAAGAAUUCUUUUGGUAUCAUAUCAAUGGUCAGCUAAGUAGUGCUAUAACAGCUGAAAUUGGAGAUAUUGGGUUUUUAACAAAAAGAAAAUCAUAUAGUUACGAAGGGGACAUCCUAAACUACUUAUAUGGACUAGAUUUAUCUGAAAACCAAUUUGAUGGGAAAAUCCCAGAGGAGGUUGGUGAGAUGACUUUGCUCCGAGCUUUGAAUUUCUCUAGCAAUCACUUGACUGGUCCAAUACCCGCUACAUUGUCAAGGUUGACAAAUAUUGAAAGCUUGGACCUCUCCCACAACAUGUUGAUUGGCCGCAUACCUUUGCAAUUGAUAGAGCUUCAUUUCUUACAAGUCUUCUCAGUGGCAUACAAUAACCUUUCUGGUCCAACAUUAGGAAUGGUCUCUCAGUUCGGUACGUUUGAUGAAAGGAGCUAUGAAGGGAACCCUUAUCUUUGUGGUCCUCCAUUGGUGAAGAAGUGCACCUUCAUGGUACCAUCUCCAGAGCUAAGUCAAGUUGCUAAUGAUCAUGAUGAUGAAGAAGAAGUAAUGGACCAUAUCAUAUUUUUUGCAUCAUUUGCAUUUGGUUUCAUCAUAGGUUUUUGGGGAUGGAUGGCUCUAUUAUACUUCAGGAAAUGA